GUGCAGAUGGCGGGCGCCGCGCGCAGAGGGGCUUCCCGGGUCGGGACGGCGGGGCCCGGGGGUCCGGGGCGGCCGGCGGGGAGGCGGCGGCAGCUGCCGGGGAAGCAGCGACCAGCGCCGUGUCCCGCGCCCCGCAGCAAAGAAAAAAAGAAAGUAAAUUGCAAGCCCAAGAACCAGGACGACCAAGAAAUCCCUUUCCGGCUCCGAGAGAUUAUGAGAAGCCGCCAGGAGAUGAAAAAUCCCAUCAGUAACAAGAAGAGAAAGAAAGAAGCCCAGGUGGCCUUCAGAAAGAUGUUGGAGAAGGAAGCAAAGGGAGUAGAGCCAGACAUCGCUGUCCCCAAGUUUAAGCAGAGGAAGUGGGAGUCUGACAGGGCCUACAUCCAACGUAUGGAGCAGGAGACCCAGCACGUGCUCUUCCUCAGCAAGAACCAGGCGGCCCGGCAACCUGAGGUGCAGGUGGCUCCCAAGAAGGAGAAAUCGGAGAGGAAGAAAGCGUUCCAGCAACGGCGGCUGGAUAAAGUCCGGCAGAGAAGGGAGGAAAAGGCCGCAGAAAGGCUCGAGCAGGAGCUGCUCCGAGACACGGUGCACUUCGGCGAGGUCGCCCUGCAGCCCCCAGAGCUGACCGCCCGGCCCAGGAUGAGCACAAGCAGGGGCCAGCCUGCGAAGAAAUCGCUGAUGCUGAGGAGGCUUCUGAGCCCUGGUGGUGUGUCCCAGCCUCCGACCACGUCACUGGCCCGACAGCGGAUCGUUGGGGAGGAGCGGGAGCGGGCUGUGCGGGCCUACAGGGCGCUCAAGCGGCAGCGGCAGGCAGCUCAGUUACCACGGCCACUGGAUUCGCCACGCCCCGCUUCCAGGAAGAAGGCAGAGACGUGUCUGUGAUGGCGAGACCGGGGCCUCCACAGUGUGGCCGGGGAGGGCGGGUAGACCGCCUGUGGACAAGGGUCCUUCCCCUGGAACACGCCGGGACUCCCAGGCGCCCACGUACCAGCUCUCGAGUGCAGAACGGGGCUCCAGGUCUUUGCUCUCUCGUUUUUCCUCCCCUGAGAUGGCUCUUUCGUGACUGACCAUCUGCUGGGCCAUCUGCCACAGGACACUGUCCCAAGUCCCCACAGACAGGCCAGCACCUGAUUGGGAUGUAGCCAGUCGGGCAUCCCUGGCGUCAUUCCCUUGAACCCGGCGUCGCACACAGCUUUGUUCUGAACACACGGGUCCAGCCUGAGGCCCCCCACGGCCAUUUCCGGGAGGGCCCGGCCCGUAAUCCUGCCCUUAAGCACCCAUUAAUCAUAGACACUGCAGGCUUGGCCAGCCAAGCUGGUACCUCAGGCUCCGUUGGGCUCAACAGCGCCGCACAGACCAGGUGGGGGCGGGCUCAGUGCCUCGGCCACCUGGCCCCGCUCCUGGCGCCUUGUCCCUGAGGCCACACCCCCAUGCCUGGGAGACCGGUGCCACCCCCACACCGAGCUGGUUCCAGGUUUGUUCCUUGUGUCCUCAAGGUCUCUAGGGAGAGAAGAGCAGGUCUGAAGCAGCUUGACGGCAAGCACAGGACCCUGACCCCACGACUUUCUCGUGGCUGAAGAGGCUGCCGAAUUCCAGCCAAAGGAGGGAGCCGGCCACAGGACUGGGGGUGCGGGGCGGGAAGACUCCAGGGCUCCCGGAGGUCAGAGGUGGAAGCUUGAAGGGGAGGAGUCCUGCUCUCGUCCCUGCGAGGGCCCCUGGCUCCUCCCUCGGGCUCACCGGCUCAGGAGCCUCUGGCUGGCAGAGCUGGGCCGGGACAGCUUGGAGGUGCCAUCCCCGCCUUGGCCAGGGUGGCCCUGCACAGUGGGGAGUGUGCACAUGUGGGUCCUUUUUGCCCCUCCCCGAGUUUGUGUCCUUUAUGUUUAUUUCAAAUCCGGAACUUUUGCGUUGAAGCCGUAUUUGAGAUCAGGCCUGCUACCAUCUUAGGAGUGUGUUUGUGGGUGGUGGGGGCCUGUCCCUUGCAUGGGGUGAGCAGGGUCCCCCCAGAUUGCAGGGGGCAGGCAGGAGCAGGGGUGAACACAGUCCCUGAGAAACACCUGUGUCCCUGGGCUCCUGCCAGGAGCAGGAAGGUGGAAGCAGGUUGUGGUUGGAGGAAAUUUGCCUUUCAAAACCGAGUUCCCACGUCAGCUGUCCUCAGGCCUGUCAGGGUCCCCAACUUGCCCAGGCCGGCUUUACCAUGAGAGAUCGCCAGGCCCAAAUCUCAGACCUGGACCCUGAGUCGGAGGCACCCCUCAGAGAUGGUGCACACACUGGGGUCACCCCUAGAGACAGAACAAAGUCUCCUGAGUGCACGGAGUUUUCUGAAGGUGGGGGGUGUAAGGAGAGCCCAUUCACCCUGCAGGCCACUUGCCCGUGACAUCUACCAGGACUCCACCCACGGGCUGGAGACCACCUGUACCUACAGCUGCUCGGCGGGACUCCUGGGUGGUGGUGCCCUUCCCCGAGAGGAGGGCUGCGGGGUUUGUCACUUCCAGGGGGUGGGGAGAGACUCAAGCCCAAGUUGCCCUGCUGUCUGUGCAAGAGCCUUUUUGAAGCACUUCCAACCCCCAAGUGAACACACCAACAGGGGCCGGGGGAAGCCGCAUGCAGGCGGAAGCCCUGGGCCUGUGCCCUGCACGUGGGAAGCGAGACAGCAGGUGCCUGGCGUCCCUUUGUGGCCGACCAGCCUCUGCUGCCAGCUGAGAUGGAGAAAGGCAUUUGGGGAAGACUCACAACUGCGCCCAGGAGUAGAGGGGUCUUAGCCAACUGCAGCGGGCCGGACAGCAGCCCUAAAGCGAGGGCUCCCCACGACCCGGGGAACACACAAACGUGACCUUAUUUCAGAAAAGGGUCUUUGCGCACGUAACGACGGAUCUCAAGAGGAGGUCAUCUGGAUUUGGGGUGGGUCCUAAAUCUAGUGACAGGUGUCCCCAUAAGGAGCAACGGCCACGUGAAGACAGGCAGGCGUUCGAGUUCUGUGAGUGAUGAGCCAAGUUACAGCAAGAGUUCCCAGGAGCUGCUAGAAGCCAGAAGGGAAGCAAAGAAUGCCUCCCUCAGAGCCCCUGGCCCUGCUGACUGAUUCCAGCUCUGGCCUCCAGAGCGGUCAGCGUAAGGUGUCUUCAGCCACAGGUCUGUGGUGACUUUGUGGCGGGGGCUCUAGGACGUGAACACCCCCGUCAGGUGUCCCCCACGAGCCCCCUCAACUGAGCACAGUGCCCCCCCACCCCCCCAUGCUCGCCAGCCCACGGGAGUCCUAUGCACCCCUCAGUGUGACCAACGUUUACCAAACGAAUAAAAACACUUCUCAUU